AUGGACACCCAACCACCUGUGACUCCUAGGGAUGCAAGCAUUGAGUAUAUCAGCGACAGCAUCUUCCAAUUGACGCUCACCCCAGAGAACAAAGCUGAGAUCUUCGAUUACGGCCUCUCCAAGCUUGACGAGAGUGGAGACGAGGCUGACCUAAUUCUUCGAAAUCUAAGAGCAUGGUGUCCAGAUGUCGCUGCUCAAUUCUCUAAACGCUCAUCAGCAACAGUCUUGGAAACCCCGUUUCGCCUGAUCUUCCCGGCCGAUGCUCGGGAAGCAUUCGACAACGGCUUGUAUGUACGCCAGUAUCUAGCGAUCUCUUAUUGCUGGCAUUCAGCGGAUUAUCCGUAUCCAGGCUGCAAACCGCACGACCGUUGGCCAUUUAGCAAACCAUUUGUAGACGCAAUCUUGAGCGACAAAGACCAUCCCCGCGAGGGGAUAUGGAUUGACCAGCUCUGUAUCGAUCAGGAGGAUACUGUCGACAAGCAGAAAUCUGUUGCCGCCAUGGACGUAAUCUAUCGAUCGUGUAUCCGAUUAUUGGUUCUACUAGAAGAUGUGACCCUUGACGAGGCGGAGACGAAAUUUGUGAAACAGUGUGAGGGCAUCACAAAAGGCUACCAAACCGGAUGGGUACCUGAGCCGGACGUUAGACAUCUUUACGUUUCUGUAUGGCGUAAGAUGGAAAAAGCGCGAUGGUGGGAUCGAGCCUGGUGCUUUCAUGAGUUUUUUGUCAACGAACCUGAUAGCGACAUGAGGCAUCACGAUAUCCACACGGCGACCUUUAUCAUGAAUGGUCCUGAUGGCUCCACUGUGAAGGUGAAGUGGUUAGACCUCCGCCUUAUUAUAUCCACGGGAAUGGACCUUUCGUAUGCCGAAGAAAGCUUCGAAAUAACCCAAUCUAAAACCGCAGUGAUCCUUACAAUGUAUAGACCUAGUGGUAGAAAUCCGGCAACACGCGACGGAGAAACAUUGAGGCCAAGCAUCAUGGCUCGUCACAACGGCGUUGCGCAGAAAGUAUGCCAAUACAUCGGCGACCAAAUCAGUAUCAUGUUAAACAUUAGUGGCCGUGGAUUAGCGUAUUGGGGCGACGAAGUAAGCAAUAAAGAGAAGGUUUUGUAUCUCAGUACCCUCUUAGCUCUUGCUGCAGGAGAAACAUACCCGCUUAGUAUGAUGGACAGCAAAUCGAUCAGACUCAACGGCAACACGACAUGGCUAUCACGAAGUCUCGUUGCUCAGGAUACCACGAUCCCAGAUUUCACCCUCGGAAGCGUGCAGGGCAUCCGACAUAUCUCAACAGAAUUCCUCGAGCUCGACACGAUCUUUCUCAAGGCGCCUUGGGGAUUGAGGCGGGACGAUACAGAAUUGCAGACUGCCAACCAGGUUUUUCCCGACGUGAUAAGAACCACACAGCCAUUAAAGCACACUCCAAAUGGAAUCUUCGCGGACCCAUCCAAUGUACGACUGGACAGCGAUUACGAUGAGCACCGUCGAAGGUUUAUCGCCAUAUGUAUCGAUAAUGGCAUUCAGUUCACUGCUGCUUUAUGGGAGCAGCUCAAGCGCGAUGUUGUGCACCCCAAUUACAACCACGGCCUACACCAAGAUCUUCAGCCGAACACGGCGCUGAGUGUACCAGCCCAGAGAUUUUUGGAACAACUACAUCGAAAUGCGAGUCCGGAAACGUUGAAAAGGAUCGCGUUCAAUGUAGAAGACGCUAACUUCUUCCUGACGUGGGUAACGGAUCCUCGUUCAAUGUAUUACAUUGGCUACCUUCCACUCCGCUUGCAAUGCACCAUGGACGGGCGUCAAGCUCUCAUGACUAGCAUGGCCAUCAACGAACAUUGGAAAGAGGCCCAGUUCGACGAGCUUCAAGCAGCAAUACCCACUGACCUGCUCGGUGUGAGCUGCAUACCGUUGAGAGUUUGGAUUUUGCAACCAUUAGAGACUAAGGGAGGUGACGUGGUGAGCUGGAGAAUUGUGGCUAAGGCACUUCUGCUUGGUGAGCCGGAUUUGAUGGAGGAGGUGAGACUUCAUGGAAAUCGAGACGACGCAAUAGUGACAUUGAAGGCAGGAAUACGUGUUGGUGGUUAG